UGUUAAUUAGAUUCGCCUGUGACAUUUGCAUAUUAGCAUGGGUCAUUUUAAAAGUUGGAGAAGUUUCCUUGGCUGGAGAUUUAUAUGACUCACGUCUUAUUUGGAAUCGGCCUGUGCUUUUUUAAUGGAUAUUUGCCAUUUGUGUCUGGUGAAAAGACCUAAUUACUGUAGUGUUAUGGAUUUUGCAUAGAUUGAUAUUGGUAUUGCGUAGUAGAGUUAUUACUAGAACACGUUGAUAUCACAGACAAGCUUGCACAUCUUGCUUCUGGUCUCUACACUGUUGUAUGUUUUGAUAAGGAGUCUGUACCCUGGUAUUCUCUAUAAGUAUUGUAAGUUGAAAGGGAUCAGCAUUUCAAUGGAGGAGAGUUUUACUGACACAUAGCAGUCCUAAUUGAUAAAAAUGGAGUCUGAGACUGCAAACGUCACAAGAGCCUCACUAACUUAUGAAAAAAUUGGCUAUGAGAAAACAAUACUUGCUAGUCUUUGUAAACUACGCAAAGAGAAACAGCUGUGUGACACCUGCCUAGUGGUCGGAGCUCAUGAGUAUCCAGUGCAUCGUGCUGUGCUCGCCUCAGCAAGUCCAUUCUUCAUGCACAUGUUUGAGAAAAAAGAAAAAGAGGCCACUUUUGUUUUAAAAGAUAUGGACGACCAUCAUAAUUUUGAGUACCUGCUAGACUACAUGUACACAGGAAGACUUGAAGUACCAGAGGAACGGGUCAAACCAGUCUAUAAAAUAGCGACUUUCCUGAAAGUGGCUGAUGCAGCAAUAGCCUGUUGCAGUUUCCUGACUGCCAGUUUGACCAGUGAUAACUGCUUAGGAAUACGAAUGUAUGCUGAAGAUGAGAAGCUAAAGCUGACAAUAGAUGACUUCAUUCAAAAUAACAUCAAGGCAGUCACCAGCAGCAAAAAGUUUUAUGGUCUUCCCCAGAUACCAGUUGAAAUUACAGGAGCUGAUCAGGAUUUGUUGGAGUCCAGUGAUGAAAAACACAUGUUUCAGUUGGUUUUGGCGUGGUGUAGAGAAAAUAUUGAUUUGAAUAAAUCCAGACUAGAGGAUCUCACAGAACAGGUGAAUGUUCUGAAUUUAAAUACAGACAACAGUUUGACAGAUUUCAAAGAUCUCAGUGACGAGGUGGUGAAAGAUCAAGAUGGUAUUGUACAAGAUUACAAAAAGAGCAAGAAGAAGAUGCAUACCCCCAAACCCAAAGAUGGAACGGAGAAGCAUAUUACAAAUGGCAGUGUUGGACAGGUCAGGAAGUUCAGCAUUAUCCCCAGUGGACCUGUUGCCAGGAAAGAAUGGAGUAUCAUUGCCACACAUCAAAUGAAGGACAAGUCUUACAUGGCUCUAGCUAUGUUGAAUGGUGUGAUGGCAGCUAUUUCUGUUCACUACCGGGCUCCAUCUGUUCGGAGUGGCAGUACCAGUCCAGAUGAACCCGAUUCUCCUGUGAACAUCGCAGUGACUCCCACCAAAUUCUUUGACAGCCGAUCGUCUCUCACACCUUUGGCAGUGAUGAGCACAGCUCGUUGUGCUUUUGGCUUAGAGGUUUUAGAUGGACAGCUAGUAGCAUGUGGUGGCUAUGACCGCUCUGAGUGUCUUCGGACAUCGGAGAUGUUUGAUUCCAACAGCAACAAGUGGAUUCCCUUGGCAGACAUGACGGUCCAGCGAGGACGCUUCAGUGUGGCAUCAGUGGGAGGGGUUAUAUAUGCAGUGGGAGGGUCAGAUGGAUUAAGGGAGCAGGGAGAGCUGGAAUAUUAUGAUCCAGACAAAAAGAUCUGGAUAGCUCGUGGAGAUGUCCGAAAUGCCAAAGUUUCUCAAGGGUUGACUUCCUUGAAUGGAAAAUUAUAUUGUAUCGGAGGAUGUUUAGGACAAAAGAGUUCCAAUGAAUGCCAUGUGUAUGACCCAAGUACUAAUGAAUGGGAUACAAUUGCACCACUAAAUAUAGCAAGAUACCAGGCAGCUGUUUGUAAUUUCAUGGGGAAGAUUUAUGUUAUUGGUGGUACUGAUGCAUGGAUAUGCCUCAACUCUGUGGAGAUCUAUGAUCCAGAGUUGAAGAAGUGGCAGCUUGGCCCUCAGCUGAAUAUAGCACGACGUGGAGCAGGUUGUGAUGUUUUCAAUGGCACUGUUUACUUGACUGGUGGGAGUGAUGGAUCACAGUCUCUGAAGUCCACCGAAAUUCUGACUCCAGACAGGGGUUGGGUAAUGGGUCCAUCGCUCAGUAUUCCUCGAGCAAAUGUUGGGGUGGUAACGUGUGUUGAUCGCCUCUUUGCUGUGGGAGGGUUCAGUGGCAAGAAAUUCCUGGACAGUAUGGAGUUUUUGUCAGACAUACAUGAGGAAUGGUGCUGUUAUCUUCCAGUGGAGAAUUCAGUUAUUGCAGAAAAAAUGGCAAAGCGCAAAUCAGGGGCAGGUUCCAAGAACCUAGAUCAGAAUUGCAACUGUGAUGAGACUCUGACCACCAUUCCACGUAUGAAGACUGUGAAUGGUCAUUGACCAGACUUGUCAGAUAACCAUUUCAGUGUUCGAUGGAUUUUACAUUUAUAAAGAUUAAAUUUGUUUUAUGUAACAUACUGGGGUAAUUUUGUGAAAAAUGAUUGAGAAUCUAGUUGUGUGAAAGCAUUAUAUUGUACAGCAUACUAUAUUUCUGGUCUGUAUAUCACCAGACAUUCAAAACUUACUAAGUGUUGUAUUUACUAUAACAAUAUCAAAUGUGACCUUUAGAAUGAAAAGUCACUGCUUGACAAUCAGAUUCUAAGGUUAAACAGUGACUGCUGGACAAAAGAGAAAUUUAGCAUUCUGUAAUGAAUGUCAGAUGACAAAAACUUACACGACAUAUUCACCCCCAUUCCUACCACCAAAUUAUGCAAUUCAGAUCUUUUGACUUUUUAAAUCAUUAAAAUAUUUUGUAACACAAGUUUUCAAGAAGAUUGUACAAUGGUAUGUUUGAAGGAGUCUGAAUUGAUGAAUGUUCAAUUUAAAUGUUGAUACUGAAAAAGUAAUGAAAUACAGGUGUUAAAAUAUAGAAACCAUUCAAACCAAGCUGGAAUUGUGAUAUACUGACAAGAACACAUACAACAUGUACAACCAAAAAAGCAGGAAAAGAGAUUCAAAAGUACUGGUAUCAUUAAGAAACCACACUGGAAAUGUGACAAAUUUAGAAAACACAUUAUGGAGUUUCCGUUACCUAAAUUUGAAAGAUGCGAGUAUUUUGCUCAUUGUUUUAUGUUACUCAGUUAUGUGUGAUUUGACCAUUGCCACAAUUUGAUUUAUGAAAAUACUGAUAAUUUAUGAAGUUGUAUACAAGGACAUGCAGCAGGUACACUGUCAUAAUUUUAUACUGAAUUCCUGUUUACAGUCUUCUCAUUUGUGAUGUAUUUGUAGCUGAUAUGUGAUCUGUAUGUAGCUGAUUUGUCUAGAGCUUUGUGAUAAAUUGCUAGAGGAAUUUUAUCUUUACUUCAAAAUGUAUUGUUUGUAGAACUAAUGUAUAUUUUCAUGUUGUAGAUAUUUUUAAAACCGAAAAAGAUUUUUUUUAUUUUGGAACCUUUGAUAACUAAGGUAUCCAUUGUACAAAUAGUCAAGACAGUGUUUCAUCAAGGAAGAAUUUGAUACAUUAAUUCCAUAUCCUAAAUGGUUGUAUUAGAAAAAAGGAUUAAUAAAAAUUGUCUCUGAUAUCCAACUUCUUCAAUUUUGCAGUGACAUCCUUGAAAGUUAAUUUUUGUGAAUGAAAGAUGAAAACAAUGAAAUAGUGCCAAAAGCUUGUGGUAAAACUAUACAUAAAAUCAUUUUCUAGGAAUUUGGAUUCUGAAAUAUAGGUUCUCGUCCUGCAAACUCUAAUGAUGAAAUAAUUUUUUUCAAAUUGAUUCAUAUAUAUUUAUCAGAACAUUUAUUUACAACUAAUUCACUACCAUGGUACUGGAAUGUUAAGGUUUUUGCUAUUAUACAAUGGAUGUCUUGAAAGAAAAUAAUCUAUGAAUAUAUAAGCUUUCUGAGUUUGUAAUACAGGUGCUACUAAAUGGUGGAAUAUUUGCAUCAAUGCCUGUGUUCUUUUCCAUGUUAUGGUUUGCUCAAAUUUUUAGUUCACCUGUCAGAGCCUAAAGCUCGAGUGAGCUUUUUUGAUCAAAUUUUCUGUUGUCUGUAAACUUUUUACCAUUUUUUAAAAAUUCUAACUACUGAGCCAAUCUCAACUUAAUAUCAAAAAGCAUCCUAGGACAAAGAGACUCAAGUGUUUUCAAAUAAAGGGUCAUGCCCAUUCCAAGAGGAAAUGGAUAAGAAAAAAGAAAAUUGCUGAACCAGAGAAGCCAACUCUAGCACGAUAUUCCUUAUAUAAUGAAGGCUCAAGUUUGUUCAAACUAUAAGCACAGGGGCCGUCAUUGGGUUCAUAGUUUUACAAAGGAGUAUAUACUAGAAUUCAUUAAGAAUAUUCUUUAUAUCAAGAAUUACAAGUUUGCAAUUGGUCAAAUUCAUCCAUAGCAUCCUUAUGUAGUAUAUAUUUCAGUUUGUUCACACCAUGACCUCUUGAGCCAGAAUGGAAACUUAACAGGGAUUCUAAGUGUAACCUAGGAAUGUAAAGUAAAAUUUUAAAAAUUCUUUCAUCUAUAUAUAAAAAUUCUUUGAAAAUCAGUAAACAUUCAGAUUUGUUCACACUAACACUCCUUGGUCCUGGGCAGGGCCACUAGGAUUUAAAUUCUUAUGUUGGAAUAUCCAAGUACCUGUAUAAUUUGAAAACUUCUUCUGCAGAACUGCAAGCUUACAAUAUGUUAAUCAGUAUUUAAGCAUCCUUAUGUAGUGUAGAUUCAAUGUUGUCCUCAUCAUUGCACCUAUUUAAAUUGGGCAUAAAAGGAGUUUAAAGUUUUAGAUAAAAUCUUCUGAUGCUCAGGCUAGCAAUGUGGCCCAUUUAUCUAUUCCUUCAUUCAAAUUACAAAUGUGUAAUUUUUUUUCUUUAUCGACAUAUCAAUAAUGAAUUAUUCCAGAAAACAAUAUGGUAAGCAGCUAAUUGUUUGUUGUGAUCUAUUCACUCUUGUGUCCCCAUUGAUUAUGUAGCCAUUCAGGGUGAUUAACUAUUCCAGAGGAGAUGCAGCCAUUAUUUUUGUAUUGCUGUAUGUAAUUGAUGGUUCGUUGAGGACAGUUUAUGUUGAAACUAACACCUUUCCUAAAAGGGUAUGUUUUUAUGUGACUCCAUAGCUAUGAGUAGAUAAUAAAUAUUGGAUUAUCACA